AUGGAAGCCUCGGAACUGGAUGAACCCAAGCUGAACGAGGACGUCGAAGUAGUGGAAGCUGUUGAUUCCUCCGUUGGAGCGCUGGAAGAGACUGUUGCUGAGGAACUAAGGGAGUUCGAAGAUGACUCGGAGCUGCCAGAAAAGUCUAGCUCCAAGCUAGAAUGUGGUCCACCAUCUCCAUCAUCAUUUCCUUCGUCAUCUAUCACUGGUGCUGCAUGA